ACCAUAUUUCCUGAGAGCUGCUAUGCUUCCGGUGACAGUCGGUUUCUACGGGAGGUAUUGCUAAUGGAAAAUGGAUGUACAAAAAACAAAGAGAUAUUAACCGGUUUCCAUAAACACGCAACUCAACCAAUAGUGGAGGCGUCCAUACAGGGAUUCCACAUGUUGUAUUCAAAAACAGUCUUUAUCAAAUGUGUUGUCAAGAUCUGUCGAUCCAGCCAAUGUGAAAUAAAACCACCAAAUUUCGAUGAGACUAGUUGUAAUAACUAUGGUUUCAUGAACAGCAAUAACAGUGUGCCAGACACAAGUAACACACAGUCAUACUUGCCAGUAGUAAAGUCAUUUACAGUAAAAAUGACAACUAUGGAGUACUUCAGUUCCUCUUUUGCCGUCCCUACCACAACACUAUACCUAUGGCUUACUGUAUUGGCAAUAUACAUCUCAUAUCAUCCGUAGACAUACACGGGUAUCAGUGUUAUAACUGGCUUGAUGCACAGUGAUUUAACCGUAAACUGAGUUUGUGAGUGAGUUUUAAACACAACAUUUAUGUUUCUGAGUGUUGAAUACAUCAUUUAAUGUUUGCGAGUGAGUGUGAAAUACAUCAUUUAAUGUUUGUGAGUGAGUGUU